AUGGUCGGCGCGGCGAACGCGACGCACAUGCUCACGAACGCGCGCGCGACCGCGCCCGCGGGCGCGCGAUCGGCGCGUCGCGCGCGCGUGUUCGCGCGCGCCGACGUCGCGGUGCGCGCGGCGCCGACGUCGACGGGGCGCGCGCGGGACGGGCGCGCGCGAGGCGCGCUGGCGGUGACGCGCGAGCGCGCGAGCGCGGUCGAUGGGAAGAGACGGAGAAGCGCGCAGACGAUCGGGGCGGUGGCGAAUCCGCUCGCGGUGCCGACGUACGACGCGCCGGAGGGGAGGGAUAAGAAUGAACCGAUUCGCGUGAAAAUCGGAGACGAGUGGUACGACUGUCGGGGGUGGGCCAAGGCGCAUCCGGGCGGCGAACGGUGGCUGUACUUUUUCGAUGGACGCGACGCCACGGACGUGUUCUACGCGCUGCAUUCGUACGGCCCCAACGGCUCGGAUUUGGCCGUGCAAAGGUUGAAGAAGCUUCCGCGCUGCGACCCGCCGGCGGACAAGUCUCGCCUUCCGGAUGAGAAAUCGUACGCGGUGAGCAUGGCGUUCGGUGAAUUGCGCGACAAGCUCGCGGAGGACGGAUUCUUCAAGCGCCAACCGCUCAAAGAAGCUUGGGCGCUCUUCCAAGUCGUCGCUCUGUACGUGAGCGGAACCGCUCUCGCGUAUUCGCACCCCGUCUGGGCGACUAUUUUGCUCGGACUCGGGAUGGAACAAGCGGGUUGGUUGGGUCACGACUACGUCCACGGACGUGGGCCGUGGUGCUCGUUGAUGCGCUACAUGCCGACUAUUUUGAAUGGCCACAGUGUGGAGUGGUGGAUGCAAAAGCACUCGAUGCACCACUCGUUUACGAAUGAAGAGCACCUCGACAACGACGUCAUGAUGGAGCCGUUCUUCUUCUUGCGCUCGCCGCAAGAGUCCGGCCGACCGGAUCACCCCAUGCGCAAGUUCCAGCACAUCUACGGCUACCCACUGCUAUCCAUUAUGUUUUGGCUCUGGCGAUUCCACUCGGUUCAAACCGCGUGGAAGAAGAGGGAUUACAAAGAGCUCGCCUUCAUCGGGGCAAACUAUCUCUUCUUGGCGACGAUGAUGCCGUGGCAGGUGGCUGUCGGCUCUAUCACGCUCAGUGGUUUCCUCGUCGGCGCUCUCGUGAGUGCGACGCACCAGAGCGAAGAAAUCAUGGAGUUUGGUGAGAAUCCAGAGUACGUGGAAGGGCAAUUCCGCUCGACGCGCGACGCCGAGUGCGUCUUCGGCGGCUUGGAAACGUGGAUUUGGGGCGGAAUGGAUACGCAGUUGGAGCAUCACUUGUUCCCCACGAUGCCGCGUUACAACUACCAUAAACUUCGCCCGCUACUGAAGGCGUGGGCCAAGGCAAACGGUGUCACGUACCGCUCGUCUCCGAGCACGGAGAUCAUCGCCGACAACUUCAAGAUGCUCCAUCGCGUCGCCACCGCGUAAAAAUUUAUUCUUUACCCUGGACGAAUCCAGACGUUGCUUAAUUGUGUGUUACCCGUGUUUCCCUAUCGUGAAUAGUUACUUUUGAGACCGCAUGCGCGUGCGUUGCGGUGUUAGUGUGUUUGUGAAACGAAGCUAAAAAACUCGUAGACAAAA